AUGGAGGACAACAAACCCAGACUGUACGACAAGAUGCCCCUCGAGGUGGUUCUGAAUAUCUGGAAGCUUGCCUUCAACAGUGAUGGCGUUCACCAUUUCCGAUUGGAAGUCAAUACAAAACAGCCACUCCAUCGGCUGAUCAUCUCACCCUGGGAGACGAGCGGAUCCCCUUCAUUCGCGUCUAGCUGGCGCCAGCGUAUGAAAAUGUCCAUUGUCGACCACUCGGCCAGAACUGCGUACACGAAAUGGGUAGACGAGCUGGCGGCGGAUGGCGCCUUGUGGGUAGCCCCCUUGCCCGUGCGCCGAGGCCAGCCUCAGACCCCGGAGUUCGCCUCACGAGUCAAGGUGAAUGCCAAGAAGGACUUGGUUGUGUUCACCUUUGUCAAAAACUACUUCAACGUUGUUCUCCUGGACUGGUCAAGAACUAGAGAGCAGUUCCAGGGUCUUCGAAACAUUGCUUUCAAUUGGAAGCAAACCAGCACAGGCGAAAGCUGGGGUGCAACGCCAUUCAUGUGCGCGUGUCGAACCUCACAUGGGCCUACGGGUAGUCCUUGCCCCUGGGCUAUUCCACGCGUUGUUCGACUCUUUCCGGAUGUCCAGCAUGUCUACUUUAUCUAUCGUGUGAACGCCCAGGAUCUAACCUUCAUGGCGAAGCGAUUGGCGGCCAACCAGGCCAAAGAGGACACAGCCACCAAGUCCAGAGGGGUAAAGUCCAAAGUCCCAAAGAUGAGUGCAGGCCAACUCAUCGAGGCGAGCAUUGCUGAAUUUCACAAAUUGGCAGAAAAGAAAGGUCUCCAAAUUUGGGCUGACUGCGAGCGCAGCUUCAUCGAGGUCCAUCGCGACGAUCUUGGAACUAUCUUCAACACAGAGGAGUGCAAUGGAGUCAAGAAGAGCUUGAUCAAGUGUGAGGAGGUUUGGGAUUUACAAAUCGCCUUGGAUCUCAUAAGGGGUAAACCGUCUGCUCCUUGCCCAAGAUUCCACUUCAUGGUCUGUCGCCAAAACGUGGUCCGCAAGGCCACGAGUGUCAAGGCUAACGUGGUUGAAGAGCCCGGCGAGGCAUGA